AGUGCGCGCCGCGCUCCGCCCAGCUCCGUUCCGCUCCGCAGAACCGGCGCCACCAGGGCACAGGGAGGGCGGCACUCGGCUCCAGCUUUCGCAGCCCCACGGGCUCCGUCCGCCGCGGGACCUGGGCCCACCGGCCGCUCCUCCGAAGCCCGAGCGCGCGGCGGGCGGGAGCCGGGUUGGGACUGGCGGCGAGGGAGGGAGCUAGGAGCGAGCGGAGUCCGUGCGCCGGCGCGCAGCUCCGGCCCCCCACCCCCCAGUCCCGGCUGGGGCCUGUCGCCGCCAGACUCGGGCUGCCCGUGGGAGGGGCUGUGCGUCUGGGACCCGUCGGGGACCGCCGCUGCCCGGCCGGAGUGCAAGGGCCGAGUCAGCGCGACAGCCCACGCGGGACAGGUCCCUGGAUGAGAAGGAGCUGACAGCGGCUGAGUCCCACCUUCUCUGUGUGCUGGGGAGCAGGGCUGCACAGCCCAGGUGGCACCAAUGCCGAAGAACAGCAAGGUAACCCAGCGCGAACACAGCAGUGAGCAUGUCACUGAGUCGGUGGCCGACCUGCUGGCCCUUGAGGAGCCUGUGGACUAUAAGCAGAGUGUACUGAACAUAGCUGGUGAGGCAGGCAGUAAGCAGAAGGCAGUGGAGGAGGAGCUGGAUGCAGAGGACCGGCCAGCCUGGAACAGCAAGCUGCAGUACAUCCUGGCCCAGAUUGGCUUCUCUGUGGGCCUCGGCAACAUCUGGAGGUUCCCCUACUUGUGCCAGAAAAACGGAGGAGGUGCCUACCUGGUGCCCUACCUGGUGCUGCUGAUCAUUAUUGGGAUCCCACUCUUCUUCCUGGAGCUGGCUGUGGGCCAGAGGAUCCGCCGUGGUAGCAUCGGCGUGUGGCACUAUGUGUGCCCCCGCCUGGGGGGCAUCGGCUUCUCCAGCUGCAUAGUCUGCCUCUUUGUUGGGCUGUAUUAUAAUGUGAUCAUUGGCUGGAGCAUCUUCUACUUCUUCAAGUCCUUCCAGUACCCACUGCCCUGGAGUGAAUGUCCUGUCAUCAGGAAUGGGACCAUGGCAGUGGUGGAGGCAGAGUGUGAAAAGAGCUCAGCCACUACCUACUUCUGGUACCGAGAGGCCUUGGACAUCUCUAACUCCAUCUCAGAGAGUGGGGGCCUCAAUUGGAAGAUGACCCUGUGCCUCCUUGUGGCCUGGAGCAUUGUGGGCAUGGCUGUCGUCAAGGGCAUCCAGUCCUCAGGGAAGGUGAUGUAUUUCAGCUCCCUCUUCCCCUAUGUGGUGCUGGCCUGCUUCCUGGUCCGGGGGCUGCUGCUACGAGGGGCUGUGGAUGGCAUCCUUCACAUGUUCACUCCCAAGCUGGACAAGAUGCUGGCCCCCCAGGUGUGGCGGGAGGCAGCCACACAGGUCUUCUUCGCCCUGGGGCUGGGCUUUGGUGGCGUCAUCGCCUUCUCCAGCUACAACAAGCAGGACAACAACUGCCACUUCGAUGCCGCCCUGGUGUCCUUCAUCAACUUCUUCACUUCGGUGCUGGCCACACUUGUGGUGUUUGCUGUGCUGGGCUUCAAGGCCAACAUCAUGAAUGAGAAGUGUGUAGUCGAGAAUGCAGAGAAAAUCCUGGGGUACCUCAACACCAACAUCCUGAGCCGGGACCUCAUCCCACCUCACGUCAACUUCUCCCACUUGACCACCAAGGACUAUGCAGAGAUGUACAACGUCAUCAUGACCGUGAAGGAGGACCGCUUCUCAGCCCUGGGCCUCGAUCCCUGCCUUCUGGAGGAUGAGCUGGACAAGUCCGUGCAGGGCACAGGCCUGGCCUUCAUCGCCUUCACCGAGGCUAUGACGCACUUCCCUGCCUCCCCGUUCUGGUCCGUCAUGUUCUUCCUGAUGCUCAUCAACCUGGGCCUGGGCAGCAUGAUCGGGACCAUGGCAGGCAUCACCACGCCCAUCAUCGACACCUUCAAGGUGCCCAAGGAGAUGUUCACAGUGGGCUGCUGUGUCUUUGCAUUCUUCGUGGGGCUGUUGUUCGUCCAGCGCUCUGGAAACUACUUUGUCACCAUGUUUGAUGACUACUCAGCCACCCUGCCGCUUACUGUCAUCGUCAUCCUUGAGAACAUCGCUGUGGCCUGGAUCUAUGGAACGAAGAAGUUCAUGCAGGAGCUGACAGAGAUGCUGGGCUUCCGACCCUACCGCUUCUAUUUCUACAUGUGGAAGUUCGUGUCCCCGCUGUGCAUGGCUGUGCUCACCACAGCCAGCAUCAUCCAGCUGGGGGUCACACCCCCAGGCUACAGCGCCUGGAUCAAGGAGGAGGCUGCUGAGCGCUACCUGUACUUCCCCAACUGGGCCAUGGCACUCCUGAUCACCCUCAUCGUCGUGGCGACCCUGCCUAUGCCUGUGGUGUUCGUCCUGCGGCACUUCCACCUGCUCUCUGAUGGCUCCAACACCCUCUCCGUGUCCUACAAGAAGGGCCGCAUGAUGAAGGACAUCUCCAACCUGGAGGAGAACGACGAGACACGCUUCAUCCUCAGCAAGGUGCCCAGUGAGGCGCCCUCCCCGAUGCCCACACACCGCUCCUAUCUGGGGCCCGGCAGCACAUCGCCCCUGGAGACCAGUGGCAACCCCAACGUACACUAUGGGAGUGGUUACCUCCUGGCCGGCACCCCUGAGUCAGAGCUGUGACCACGGUCCCCACCCUGCCCGCCUCUCCCUCCAUGCCCAACCUGCCCACUUGUCCAGGCCUGCCUCUGCCUCCACAGUGGCCACGAGGCUCAGGCCAGGCCCUUUGUCCAAGGAGGGAGGGUCUGCCAUGCCUCACUCCACACCUCAGCCCCAGCAGACUCUGCUCCCUAGCCCUGAGCAGGGGGCCAGGAGCAGCUGCAUCCCCCAGUCCAGGCCCCUGACCCAUCUAACUCUCUGAGAGCCGCUCACAAAAUUGCAGCCAUGUAACUGGAACAAUUCAGAAUUCCUGAUUCCCAGUACAAGAGAUUCUCCCAGUGGCCACUUUAGGAGGCACUCUACCCUUCCUCUCUCCCUGUAACCUGCCACCUGCAGGUCUUAGGGGCCCCCUGCACUGCCAGGUGGUGGUGAGAAGCACUGGGGCCAGGGGAAUGGGGAGGUGGACUUUGACCCAAUCUGCCACCAGAACAGAACUUUCCAUCCUGUCCAGCCUAGAGUGGGCUGCUCGUGGGCCAUGAGGCUACCUGACUGAAGGCUGGGGAUGGGAACAGAUGUGCCAGGACCCAGGGCUCAGACUUGGCAGGGAGUGUGCAGAAGCCUCCAAGUUCUGUUUUGUGGGGUACGUGGCGCCUCAGCCUGAGCACAAACCUUAGCAGCGGGGUGUGAAGGAGAUCCUCCUCCCCAGGCUCUGGCUGGAAUCUUCGGAUGUCCUUGCCCCUGCCUGGGGUGGGAGGAGUGUGCUUCUGCAUCCUGCCCGGGAGGGCAGUGACUGGGCCCAGAACCCUUCCCCACCUCGAUUAGAGCCUAGCUAUCUUCCUGUCCCCAUUCCCCCGACUGGAGCCCAGAGUGUGGCCCCUGCCUCUUUCCUAGAAAGAAGGGGACAGUGCAAGGAGAGGCUUCUAGAGCACAACUUGAUGGUUCUCAGCACAAUUUAGAUGGUUUGGAGCACAAUUGUGAACCACACUCCUCCUCCCCUCACCUGGGCCUAAUUUUCUCUCUAGAGGCAGCUUCUCCCCUAGAACAGGGGUCCCUGGAGUUCAGGGGCUCAUUUCCAGGAAGCCUGGCUCCUGGGCAAAGACAGAUAAUCUCACUGCCCCUUCGAGCUGCCACUCACUCUCCUUGUUGCACAAGCACAGCCACCCAGUAUGCGCAUCAUGUGCAGACACAUUGGAAACCUUUCCCAAGUGUCCCCGGGCCACAGCAGGCAGGCUGCCUGUCCUGUGGCCUAGUGCCUGCAGGAGGCUGCCGCUGACAGCAGCAUCCC